UUGGAUUGUGAACUGAAGACUGGAGUCCUUGUCCUUCUCGGAUUCGGACUGCUUAAGGCCACAGAGAAAGUUAGUCGCGGCGACGUCGUUUGGAGCUGGAUUAAAGGUCUCGGCUGGUUAAGUUUGGUGCGGCGCCGUUUCCUCUUGAGUCAGUCGAAUAAAGUCAAACACUGCGUUUUGGCAAACUGUUCUUUUGAUACUUAUUGUUUUUUUGUUGUUCUUUGAGUCCUGUCUUGUGGUCAAUUUGACCGUUGUAAUUUGUUAGGAGUUAGCAGCUGAUUAGUAGGUAAGCUGUUAGUCAUGGAGGGUUUGAGGCCGGAUCUUGUGGCUCAACCCUAGCUAUUUAAGCAUCUCAUUGCUAUCAAUAAACA